AUGGAGGAGCAAGUGGAUCGCUUGGUCAAAAAGACCUGGGAGAAAUACAACCAACUGCCGCGGUCGCAGCGGCUGCUGAUUGGCGUCUCAGGCAUCCCCGGCAGUGGGAAGACUACGCUCGCAGCCGAGGUGGUGAAGCGCGUCAACGCCCUGUAUCGUGAUCAGCUGCCGGGUGUGAGCGCCGGCGAACCGUCCAUUGCUGCUUUCGUACCCAUGGACGGAUACCACCUGUCGCGUGCCCAGCUGGACGCCAUGCCUGACCCGCACACGGCACACGCUCGCCGCGGCGCCCACUUCACCUUUGACGGGGACAGCUUCCUUGCUCUGGUCAAGGAGUUGCGCAAGCCGCUGGCCCCGGAGAGCCACACAUUGUAUGCACCGAGCUUCGACCAUGCCACCAAGGAUCCCGUUGCCGACGACAUCGCCAUCGCACCCACCACCCGUGUCCUCGUCUUCGAGGGCAACUACUUGACCCUGGACCGUGACCCUUGGCGCGAGGCUGCCCUCUUGAUGGAUGAGCGGUGGUUCGUAGAAGUGGACUUUGACACGGCCCGCAACAGGCUUGUGAGCAGGCACGUUAAAGCAGGCAUUGCAAAGGACGAGGCCGAUGCGCACAAGCGCGUCACCGAAAACGAUUUAGUCAAUGGCCGCCAGAUUGUGGAUGAGAGAGUGAGCGUCGACGAAUUCCUAAAGAGCCUGGAGGACGAAGCAUGGAAGCCCGACGCGCAGCGCGUUGGCCAGUAG